CGGACACAGGGAGCAGAAUAUAAAUACAUUACUACCGAAUACUCGAACUCGAACCCUUGUUGUUCUGAGUUUGGAAUCUGAACUACAACCUAAGCCUGAACCACAUACACACCAACAACAACAACAAAUCUAGCACCAAAUUUUGUUUUGUUUUGUUUGAAACCUCGUCUACACCUUAAAGAUCAAACACUUUGAUCUUCAUUUCACAAGUGUGCAACCCAGGGCGGAGAAGAUGCAGCAGACACCGCAAAUGAUUCCUAUGAUGCCUUCAUUCCCAUCUCAAAACAUUACCACCGAACAGAUUCAAAAAUUUCUUGAUGAGAACAAGAAGCUGAUUCUUGCAAUAUUGGACAAUCAAAAUCUUGGGAAACUUGCAGAAUGUGCCCAAUACCAAGCUCAGCUUCAAAAGAAUUUGAUGUACUUAGCUGCAAUUGCUGAUUCACAGCCACAAACACCUGCCAUGCCUCCACAGAUGGCGCCACAUCCUGCGAUGCAACAAGGGUUCUACAUGCAACAUCCUCAGGCUGCAGCAAUGGCUCAGCAACAAGGAAUGUUCCCCCAAAAAAUGCCAAUGCAAUUUGGCAAUCCGCAUCAAAUGCAGGAUCAGCAGCAACAGCAGCAGCAGCAGCAGCUACACCAGCAGGCCAUCCAAGGGCAGAUGGGGCUGAGACCUGGAGGGAUGAAUAACGGCAUGCAUCCAAUGCACAGCAACGAGGCUGCUCAUGGAGGCGGCAGCAGUGGCGGUCCACCUUCGUCUGCCGGUCCGAAUGAUGCCCGUGGUGGAAACAAGCAAGAUGCUUCUGAGACUGGGACAGCUGGUGGAGACGGCCAAGGAAGCUCUGCUGCGGCGCACAACAGUGGAGAUGGUGAAUCUUCUUAUCUUAAGGGUUCAGAAGAGGCAAAGUGACAUGUUUAUGUGUUUGUUUCAAAGAUACAUAUGACUGUUGAUAUUAGGUUUUUCUUAAGGAUAGGGCUAGUGUUAUCUGAUGACCUUUGAUAGGUCGACCGAAGAACAAAAGAGCUUUUAUUCAUAGCCAGAUAGGUAGGUGUUGACUUGUUGUGUUGUUAGCGUUUUGGCAUGCAGUAAGUUUGCUUCAACUGAAACUUCUGGUGCCAAAAUAUGAUGUACUCAGUACUGGAAGAGGUGAAAGCGUGUAGUCUACACUACGUUGGCGUUCAAAUUCGUGAUCAACUUAAGGAUCUCUUUGGUUUGGAAUAA